AUGGGAAACUACUUCAGCGUCUCCUACUGGCUUGGGUGGUCGAACGAUCAAGGGAAGCACGCAUCAUGGAUCAAAGACAAGUACACAACGCUCGACCAGGUGCAAUGUGCGCUCAAGGACGCAGGACUGGAGUCCUCGAACCUUAUCGUCGCGAUUGACUUCACGGCGAGCAACACCUCGCAAGGCAUCGAGUCUUUCGGAGGCAAGUGCCUGCAUGAGAUGUCCGACGUACCGAACCCGUACGAGCAGGCGCUGGGGGUCGUCGCGAAAACGCUUUCACCCUUCGACGAGGACGGGCUCAUACCGAUGUACGGGUUCGGGGACGCGCGGUGCCACGAUGCCAAGCUGUUCUGCCUCAACGACGCCAACCAGCCGUGCCAGGGCCUCGACGAGUGCCUGUGGCGCUACCGACAGGUCUCCCCGCACGUCAAGCUGUCAGGACCAACCUCUUUCGCGCCGGCGAUCUACGAGGCCAUGCACACCGUGGCCGAGUCCGGCGGGCAGUACCACAUCUUGCUGAUCAUCGCCGACGGCGCGAUCACGCGUGCGAGCUCGCUGCCUGCCAGCAAGCUGUCGCCGCAAGAGGUCGACACAAUCGACGCCAUCGUAGCCGCGUCCGAAAUGCCGUUGUCCAUCGUGAUGGUAGGCGUAGGAGACGGGCCGUGGGACCAGAUGCAGGACUUCGACGACAAGAUCCCGCAACGCAAGUUCGACAACUUCCAGUUUGUGUGUCUGACUGACGUGGUGCGCAAGUCCUCACGCGGCCGGUCGUCGGCACUCGCGGAAGGCCAGCUCCCGGAGGACGUUCAGGCGGAGUUCGCCGUCCAGGCCCUGAUGGAGGUGCCGGAGCAGUUCGAGGCGGUGCAGCGACUGGGCCUCCUGGGGCGCCGCACCGCGCUGCCCCCGAGCAUCCGUCGGCUGCGGAAGCCCCCGCUGCCUCCUCCGCGCGGCGCGCCGCCGAGCGCGGCGGUGCGGGACGGCGAGGGGACCGGUGCGCAGCGAAACGAGGGCGCCACUGCUGCUGCCCCGCCGAGGUUCGGGACGGACGUGGAGCGGUGGUUCGAGUGCCCUAUCACAGCGGAGGUCAUGAACGACCCCGUGACUGCGGCGGACGGACAAACGUACGAGCGGUCGGCGAUCGAGGCCUGGCUCAGAACGAGCCGAGUGAGUCCCCUGACCGGCGCGCGGAUGCCGCACCGCAACCUCGUGCCCAACCACCAGCUCCGCAGCAUGAUCAUCGAGUGGCGCGAACGACAACCAUCCAUGUAA